AAUUAAGCGUAGAGACUGCAUUACGUAUAAAUAGCAAAUUAUAUUUGUAUAAAACUCUUUUACUAAUAGUUACAAACUAGUGUCUACUCCAAAAUGAUUCGAAUUUUUUUCAUUUUUUUCUGUGUAUCAGUUAUAUUAAAUGAAGCAGCACCGUACUUUGGUAAAAUUCAGGAAACAGAUACAAAUGAACACGUUAGACAAUCAAAAAAAAGUUUAAAAUUGAAAGUCCCGAACUCUCUUAAAAGCAAAAGGAUUGAGCAGGACAGCUUGCGUAAUGAACGUUUUAAAAAGAAAAUUUUUUCACCUAAAGAAACACUGGAAAAAAAAAGAACCUAUAAAACAAAUGAAAUUAAAAGAAGCAAAACUUGUAUAAUGUUGAAGACUGCCACAAAUGACUGCCCAUGGUGGUAGUGUGUUUACAUAGUUUGCAUGUAAAAUAUUGGUAGCAAUGUUUAAAAGUUUUUUUUAUAUGACAAAUAUUUUCAACUUUA